AUGACAGAUACUUAAUAAGAUCCGGUUCAUCGCAAUAAAUUUACGUCCACAAACGUAAUGGAGUGUUAAUGGACAAUGUCGUCGAAAGUACCGACGGGCCCCCGUGAAGUCACGAUAACGAAGAGCGUCACCGGCUUCGGAUUUAAUGUUCGUGGUCAAGUUAGCGAAGGUGGUCAACUUAAAAGUAUAAAUGGUCAACUCUACGCUCCUUUACAGCAUGUCAGUGCUGUACUUGAAGGAGGAGCAGCGUAUGACGCAGGGAUUCGAAAAGGAGACAGGAUCCUCGAAGUAAACAAUGUGAAUGUUGAAGGAUCAACACAUAAACAAGUCGUGGAUCUGAUUAAAUCGGGCGGUGAUGUGUUGACAUUGACUGUAAUUUCUGUCACACCUCAAGAAGCUGAAAGACUUGAACCAAGUGAAGAUCAGUCUACUUACAAUUAUAUAGAUUACAGCGAUAAAAGAUCAUUACCAAUAUCUGUCCCAGAUUAUCACACAGUUGAUAAAGAUGGAGACAAAUAUGUGGUGUUUAAUAUAUACAUGGCUGGUCGUCACUUAUGUUCAAAACGAUACAGUGAAUUUGCUAAUUUACAUGCUAACCUCAAAAGAGAGUUUAUUGGAUAUAGUUUUCCUAAGCUUCCAGGAAAGUGGCCAUUUACGUUAAGUGAACAACAACUUGAUUCAAGAAGAAGAGGUUUAGAGUUAUAUUUGGAAAAAGUAUGUGCUGUUCGUGUGAUAGCUGAGUGUGAAAUUAUGCAAGAUUUUCUAGCUGAUUCCGGCAACAUACAGAAUAUUGACUCCAUAGUGGAUUUAAAAAUAAUUUUACCUGACCGAGAAAUAGUAGUUAUUAGAACUAAAAAAAAUGCAACAGCUGAUAGUGUUUACAACAGUGUUGUCGAUAAAAUACAAAUGGCUGAAAAUGUAGCAGAUUAUUUUUACCUAUUUGAAAUUGUUGAGUAUAACUUUGAAAGAAAAAUUCAACCAAAUGAAGUUGCUCAUCAACUUUAUGUUCAAAACUACCGUACAGCUAGUGCUAGUUGUUUAUGUAUAAAACGAUGGCUAUUUAACCCUGCCAUUGAAAUUCGACUUAUAGAAUCAGAUAAUUUAGCUGCUACAUUUAUUUUUUGGAGUACUAUAGACGAAGUUGAUCGUAAUCAUAUCAUUGUAGGAGACCGUUUAUAUGAAUUAAAAGCUUUGCAAGAUUCUUCCAAAAAAUUAGAUUAUUUAAAAAUGGCUAAAGAAUUACCUGGUUAUGGCGAAGUAAUAUUUCCACAUUGUCCGUGCGACUCUCGAAAGACUGGUCAUGUAAUGGCAGCUGUUGGUUAUUUAGGUCUUAGACUUAUAGCAUGUACUGAAGAUGGUACUCUUGAGAAUCAAAUUGUUGAAUUUACAUGGAAAACUAUCAAAUGCUGGGAGGUUGAUGAAACUAAUGGAUUAUUUAGUUUUCAGUUUCAACGUGAAGAAAAAAGCCCUAAAAGUGUUAAAUUACAUACUCCUUAUUUUACAUUCCUAGCAGACUGCUUUAAUCGAAUACAAGAGGAAUCAUGGAAAAUUAAAACACCAUAAAACAAUAAAUUCAAAGUAGUAUACAUCUUGCGUGUGUAUGAAAUAUUUAAUGAUAUUUUAUGAUUAUAUGAAAUAAAAUACCUAAAUAGUAUUAUUGCAAUAUA